ACUUUGUCAAUCCAUGUUACACGUCUCACAAAUAUGUCUGGUCAUCUUCAACCGCCACUAAAAGUUAAAGAGCAGGAUAGCAGAUUACUACAGUAAGGUAGUGUGGCGCGCUUCACAAAUUUUCUCCUUCUCAAAAUCACCAUACCAUGGCAGCACUAGCUCAAGUCUCUGCUUCUCUCUCCCUCUCCAUUCACGAUGUUAGUGCUGUUAGGCCAUCAAGAACCCGCCUUCCCAUUUCUCGAUUACCCACUUCUAGUCUUGCACGAAAUGGGACUGCUUUCGCUACUGGGUCUCCACUCUUGAUAUCAAGAACUUCUCGUCAGAAAAAGGCUGCAGGGAGAGCAACAUUUGUUUCUGUAAGAUGUGAGAAAAGUACCCAGGAGGGCAGCGGUGUGGAUGUAUGGAUUGGACGGCUUGCAAUGAUUGGCUUUGCUGGGGUCGUUAGUGUUGAAAUAGCUACAGGAAAGGGACUUUUGGAGAAUUUUGGACUCACAGCCCCCUUGCCUACGGUGGCCUUGGCAGUAACAGGAUUGAUGGGUGUUUUGACAGCUGUGUUUAUCUUCCAAUCGGCCUCUGAGAAUGUUUUAACAAACUUUAGUAUGGGCGCAACCAUAUCCCGACUUGCAAGAAGAUUCCUUCCGAAGACUGAAAUUAGGAUUCUCAUGGUGGGGCUUGAUGCAUCUGGGAAAACAACCAUUCUGUACAAACUAAAGCUGGGAGAAAUUGUUCUUACAGUACCUACAAUUGGUUUUAAUGUGGAGACGGUGGUGUACAAAAAUAUAAGUUUCACCGUAUGGGAUGUAGGAGGACAACAAAAGAUUCGGCCUCUAUGGAGAUACUACUUUCAGAAUUCCCACGGACUCAUCUUUGUUGUGGACAGCAAUGAUAGGGGGAGAAUUUCAGAAGCUCGCAAUGAGCUACAUCGCAUUUUAUCUGAUAUCGAACUAAAGGAUGCCAUCCUGCUUGUCUUUGCCAACAAGCAGGAUGUUCCGAAUGCUAUGUCUGUUUCUGAGGUUGCUGAUAAGCUUGGACUACCUGCUCUUAAACAGCGUCGCUGGUACAUUCAAAGCUCUUCUGCCACUUCAGGACGUGGAUUAUACGAAGGUCUGGACUGGCUAUCUAACUAUAUCUCUAACAAGGCAGCAUAACAUUAGAAAUCAUUCCCGAUUUCUGCAGGAAAACUGAAGGGACGUUUAAGGUUGCAGCAUCAUCUUCCUUGCCAAAUCGGCUAGAUCAGAAUUAUUGCACGUUCAGAGGGCGCUCAACAUGAAUCUUGUAACAUCCCCACCUAUUUUGAGUUGCAAUUUCAGAAUCUCCUGUUUUUGACUCAUCAGUUACAAAAGGAAGAGAUGGCAGGAGAAUCUAUCAAGUACAUUAGAACCUUCUCGUGCACAUUGUACAUGUUCUGUUUUAGUGUAGUAUCGCUGUAAAGAGCCACUGUGAAGCAGUAUUCCCACAGAAUGUAUUUAGCUCGGUGCCCUAAAUAUGACCAUUGUGAAUGUAAUAGGUCCAAAAAUAGAAAUGGAAGCCAGUGAGGAAUAUGAUUGACCAUUCAA